CAAGUGCUCACUUCCACGAAACAGCCAUGAACAUCAAAUCGAAAUUCUCAAUCUGGCCCCCUCUCCUCAACUCCUCCAAUCCUUGGGCCACAACCCGUGAAAAUCUUGCCGCUCUCUACGCCUGCCCCUUCACUGGGGCAGUCACGAUAAGAACCUCCCUCUGGAAAGCCUUCAAUCAGCAUGCAUCAACACAUCAAUAUACCUUCUUCUCUUCCUCAACCGGACACGCCACUUCUCCAGUCGACGUCGCAUCCUCAGAAGGUCGGGUUUCGGUCCGUGAUGGCGAAACAAGCUCUCUCAACACGCUUGGCUACAGCCCAAUCGCAUUUGAGCAGUACGUGGAAAUGCUAGUGAACAUGAGCCAAGAGGGGAUGCUAAGCUUAGAGUCCUCUUCGGGACCAAAGCCGUUUAUUGUUUCUGUCACGGGAACAGCUGAGGAGGUGGGAAGAUGUUGCUCCCACCUAGUUAAGGUUUUGGGUGAUCCUGAUGAGGCGUACCCAGAGCUCAUGCGAAAGAAAAGUUUGGGGUUGAAUCUUAUGAUGGAAGUCAACCUUUCGUGUCCCAAUAUCCCAGACAAGCCACCCCCGGCCUACGAUAGAUUUGCCUUGACGGAAUACAUUGAUGCCAUUGCCAAGGCCAAAGCCUCGACUCCAGCAUCAAAUGGCAAGGUUCUACACGUCGGCAUCAAAACCCCACCUUACACAUUUCACGGGCAGUUUCAAACGCUCAUCUCCGCACUGGAAACAUCAUCAGGCCCGGAUGGCGGCGGGUGUCCAAUCUCCUUCAUUACAGCAACAAACACGCUCGGUUCAUGUCUUGUUCUCGACGCCCAAAACAAGCCAGCAUUGGGAUCGGUCACCGGAGAAGGGAUUGGCGGCAUGGCGGGCGAUGCAUUGCAUCCUCUUGCCUUGGGAAACGUGAAGACGAUAAGAGGGUUGCUGGAUAAGAGCGAGCAUGAGGAUGUGAGAUCGAUUUCUAUUAUCGGUAUUGGAGGUGUUAAGGAUGCCGAUGGGUUUCGAAGGAUGAGUUCCGUGGGUGCGGAAGCCGUGGGGGUGGGAACUGCGCUUGGAAGAGAGGGAGUCGGGAUUUUUGAGAAGAUUACGGUGGAGCUGGAAAACCAUUGAUCUGGUCUUGUUCUUUGGGCCAAGAGCGUGACCUAAUCUUGGGUGAUAUAUUUGGAUUUGCUCAUCAAAUGAUUUUCUCUUCUUCUUGAAAUAGAAGUCAGCUCUGUGAAGGUGGGGGCAGCUCUCGGAGUCGAGAGCAAGCGGACGGUCAAGCAGAUCAAACUUGCAAGAUUGGUCGAAAUAACCCAUAGGCAUGAAAGUUGCAUUGAUUUAAUUUUAAUCGAGAUGUUUGGGUUGGUUCGUGAGACAGAUUUGCUCGAGGCCCUUCAAAUAGAAUGAAUGGGGUUUCAGAUGUAAAUCUUGAGGAAACGGAAACACAAUUCCGAUGCGCGGUAAACGGCAUGAUUCUGUGCUCCUCUUUUAUCCUCAAUUUCAUCGGGCUUUUUCUUUCCAUAAUAUCAGUGGAGGAUUUAUGCUUCCCUCCAAGGGCAAAUCCUUGGCACUCGCUGGUCCAUAGCAUCAAAUUUCAGUAGACAGUGUUAGAAGAGGAUCACGUGAUG